AUGAUACUCAAGAUCGGCGAGGGCGUCGCUCAUAGCUGCAAGGCGCGUGCGUUGAUAAUCAACACCGCCGCGUCCAUGGAGCGGCCAGCGCUCGCCCACAUCGCGUCGCGCACACGCGACGUCUUCGCGGUAGGUCCACUCCACGCCAGCUCGAGGUCCGCCGCAAGCGCGAGCCUGUGGCGGGAGGACGACGGGUGCAUGGCGUGGCUAGACGGCCACGGCGACCGGUGUGUCGUAUACGUGAGCCUGGGGAGCAUCGCCGUGAUCUCGUACGAGCAGCUCACCGAGUUCCUCUCCGGCCUCGCAGCCACCGGGUACGCCUUCCUCUUGGUGCUCCGGCCGGGCAUGGUCCAGACGGCUAGCUCAGCGCUACUUCGAGAAACCGUCGCGGUAGCGCAAGCCGGCAAGGCCAAGAUCGUGGAGUGGGCUCCUCAGCUGGACGUGCUGCGGCACAGAGCGGUGGGCUGCUUCCUGACACACGCCGGCUGGAACUCCACGCUGGAAUGCGCCGUCGAGGGCGUGCCGAUGGUGUGCUGGCCCUUCUUCCUCGACCAACAGACGAACAGCCGUCUCGUUGGCGCCGUGUGGAGGACGGGGCUGGACAUGAAGGACGUGUGCGACAGGGCUGUCGUGGAGAAGAUGGUGAAGGAGGCCAUGGUGUCCGGCCAGAUCAAGGCAGCGGCCCAAGCCAUGGCGGAGCAGUUGAGGCUGGACAUCGCCGACGGGGGCUCAUCGUCAUCCGAGUUAGGGCGGCUCGUCCGCUUCAUCAGAGGGCUCAGCGUCAAGUCUGGUCCAGAGCCAAGAAUUACUUAA